AAAUGAUUGAAUCGUUAAAGUCCGAUUCGGAGUCCUGAACUUUGCUUAUUUGAAUCCUUGGGAAGAAGAAAAGUAAUCUUCCUUUCGUCACUCGACUAAAGAGGAAACAAAGAUGUCCUGCAGCCACGUGGCGCUUCUCGGACUUUUCGUCCUCUGCUCUGCCCAGUCGACGAUAAGACCCGGAGGCGCGAUGUGUGGCACAAUGGAAUGCUCACCCCACGAAUAUUGCAGCACCUUUGACAGCCAAUGUCAAGCAUGUACCAAAAUCUGCGACCCGACCACUCACAACCACGAUUUGCCCAAGUGCACGGCGAACUGUCAAGAGUAUCUCCUCGACCAGCGUUACGUGCUGCGUAAAGAGCUGCUGGGGGAAGAUCCGAAUCUAAGAGCCGAAGUCCAACGCCUGAAAAACCUGGUAACCAUUACGCUGACAGUGACGUGUCUCGCGGUGGUCGUAGUGGUUUUCCUUUUGGUUUGGAAGUCUCAGCCGAUAAAGAAGAUCCGAAAAUCAUGGCAGGGUGGACAGCUGAGCAAGAAAUGGGUAAAAAAACCGACGAACAACAAUCGAGUGCAGGACGACGUCGAGGUCGGUCAAAACCCGAAGCAAAAUGGGCUGAAGUUGGCGAUGCCGACGAUAAGUGCGACCGUCGUUGCACCGAGGAGCGAAGUCGGCGACGGUACUCCGAAUACAACGAGCACUCCGCUCUCCAGGAGGCAUCCCAGCGAAGACACGACCCUGGAUUACGCCUACGACAAUCAGGCGAUGACACCGAGUCCAGAAACCGUCCAGCCACGUACGAAACGCGAGAGUUCGUUCUAGACUUAAUGACGAUGAAGGGUUGAAGAAUUCAAAUCUCCCGGGGUGCGAUGAGGACCCAUAAAAAAAUGGCUGAUUCUUCAAGAGCAUGCUGCAGUCAGUCUUUACCGACCGAGUGAAAUGUCACUUAUGUUUUUAAACAAAACAUGGUUUUGGAUAUUUUCGUUAGGG